UCGUGGUCACAUGACAGUCAUCUGACAGUACCCUGUUAUCAGCUAUAAAGAUAGGUGUGAGCUUUGAGUCCCGUACCGUUGUCGGAAGAUCCUCUAUUGAACAAGAUGUACAAACUCAUACUGGUAGCGGCUCUGGUGGCCUUGUGUACGGCCAUCCGAACAGAGCUGGACGUUGAAUGGGAGGUGUACAAAAUACAGUUCAGCAAGCCUUACCUCCCGGAGGAGGAGGCUAAGAGGAGAGUAAUCUGGGAGAAUAACCUUGAUUACAUCCAGAAGCACAACCUUGCAGCCGACAGGGGAGAACACACCUUCUGGCUCGGCAUGAACGAGUACGGAGACAUGACAAACGAAGAGUUCGUGAAGACAAUGAACGGUUACCGCAUGAGGACCACCACCGUGAAUGCUCCUACCUACAUGCGUCCUUUAAAUGUUGGUGAUCUUCCAGCCACCGUUGACUGGCGUACAAAAGGAUUUGUGACCCCCGUCAAAAACCAGGGUCAGUGCGGUUCAUGCUGGGCAUUCUCCACAACAGGUUCCCUGGAGGGACAGCACUUCAAAGCCAACAAGACUCUGCCGUCACUGUCGGAACAGAAUCUGGUGGAUUGCUCCAAACCACAAGGUAACCAGGGUUGUGAAGGCGGUUUGAUGGACCAGGCAUUCAAAUACAUUAAGGACAACAAUGGAAUCGAUACCGAGGCAUCAUACCCCUACAAAGGAGUGAAUGGCAAGUGCGCAUUUACGCCAGCUAAUGUUGGAGCAACAGACACUGGAUUCGUUGACGUCAAGACCAAGAGCGAGUCAGAUCUGCAAAGCGCCGUUGCUACUGUUGGACCUAUCAGCGUUGCCAUAGAUGCCAGUCACAUGAGUUUCCAAUUAUACAGAACUGGAGUGUACCACUCACUCUUCUGCAGCGAGACCCGACUGGACCAUGGUGUGUUGGCCGUUGGAUACGGAACAGAGGACAGCAAGGACUAUUGGCUAGUCAAGAACAGCUGGGGAGCAUCAUGGGGCGAGAAAGGAUACAUCAAAAUGUCUAGGAACAGACGUAACAACUGUGGUAUCGCUACUCAAGCCAGCUACCCAACAGUAUAGGUUAAUUCCUUUAGAUAUAGUUCAUCAACUGAUACAGACAAUUGGCAGGAGUCCCUAUGAAUAAAAAGAGAUUUCGAAAAAUGUUGAUGCCUGUUAUUUGUAAUUCUUAAUAAAAAGGUGUUGUUUUAUUAA